AUGCCGCGGCGUCCACUGUCGGUGAUUGCAACCUUUUUCUUCUUCGCAAUCUGCCUAUACUCGGCACUCAGGACAUCCCGCCACGAGAUACAGCUCGUUUUGAAGCAGAAUGCAAGACCGUCAUCAGGCCAGCGGACCCCGAAGCACGCGGCUCCCCCACGUCACGAGCAGCAGCCCACCACAGCCAUCGCAGGAACGACGGCCGAGGCCGAGACGGCGUAUGAUGACGGCAAGGAAACGUCAGCUUGGGAAGACGCGCCAGCAGUGGCGGGCGGCCCCAAGCCCGUGGCAGUGCCCGAUCCCGAGCAGCAUCCGGUUCGGUACCUCAUUGCGGGCGCAAAACGACAGUUGGCCGAGAUGACGCAGCGGCAAUCCGGCAGCCUGAAGGAUGCUGUGCACGAGUAUCGCCGACGAUACGGCAUACCGCCGCCCCCGCAUUUUGACAAGUGGUUCCAGUUCGCCAAGGACAACAAGGUGGUGCUCGUCGACGAGUUUGACACGGUCCACGCCUUGAUGACUCCCUUCUGGGGCCUGAAACCCAGCACCAUCAGGUUGAGGGCGAGGGAAGCCUUGGGCUACGACAACUCGCUGAUUGGAAUCGCCAUCCGCGACCGGGACGUCUCCCACAUGGAGGGCGGCACCGAAUGGCAGCGCAACGCCACCUACGGCAUGCUGCGCAAGUUCCUCCCACACCUUCCCGACAUGGACUUGGCCUUCAACAUCCACGACGAGCCCAGAGUCAUGGUGCCGCACGACGACCUGACGAGACUGGUGCACAAGGCCAAGCACGUCAACAUGCCCGCUUCCAAUGCCACCAAGAAACCCAUAAACGACUUCUCCAGCGCCUCGCCCGAGCUCAGCCGCAAGAUGGUCUUUGAGCAGGUCAAGCGCACGAGAUUCAACUCGUUCGGGCGACAAGCGACGUGGACCCAUUCCAGGAUGUCCUGCCCCCCCAGCAGCCCGGCUAGGAUCCUGGAAGAGGAUGAGCGAUGGGACGACCUGAGCCAGUACGGCAUGGGCGAGCUGGGCUUCGUGUAUAACGUGACGGCAAUGAGCGACAUCUGUCUCACGCCCUCGCUCGGCUCAGCCCACGGCUUCUUCGACCGACCCAACGUGUACAAGGUCGUGCACGACUUGUUCCCGGUCUUUUCCCAGUCCAAGGUGUCUUCCUACAACGACAUUGUCUAUCCUUCCCCGUGGUAUUGGUACGACAAGGUCAAGUACAGGAAGGAAGAGGAUGUCUCGUGGAGCGAGAAAGAGAGCAAGCUGUACUGGCGGGGGUCCACGACGGGCGGCUUCAGCCGGCAUGGCGGAUGGCGACGCCAGCACCGCCAGCAGCUCGUCAAGAAGAUCAACGCAGGUGGCCAAGCCAAGAUCAUGACCAUGACCAUGACCAUGACAAACCAAGGCCGCGAUGCCAAGCCCGGCUGGGGUGUCGUGACAGUCCCUCGCGCCCAACUCGACACCCUGGUCGACGUGUCCUUCUCCCAUGUCGGGCAGUGCGACCCCGGGGACUGCAAGGCCCAGCAGGCCUUUUUCAACGUCACAGACCGCGCGGGCCAAGCCGAUGCCUGGAAGCACAAGUACCUGCUCGACAUGGACGGCAACGCUUUCUCCGGCCGCUUCCUGGCCUUCCUGCAGAGCAUGAGCCAGACGUUCAAGUUUGCCCUCUUUCGCGAAUGGCACAACGAAUGGGUCAAGCCGUGGGCUCACUAUGUGCCGCUGAGCCUGCAGGGCGACGACUGGCUCGAGGCGCUGCAUUUCUUCAGCAGGUCGGACCUGGGCGCAGCAGAUGCCGAGACAAUGGCAGCAGAGAGUCGGGACUGGGCAGGGAGAGCUCUGCGCAAAGAGGACAUGGAGGCCUGGUUCUUUCGGUUGUUGCUUGAAUAUGCGCGCGUCAUUGACGACCGACGGGCCGAUAUUGGCUUUGAUCCCGCAAGUGCAGGGUCAAGGCUUGCUGUGUGA